AUGACAAACGUCUGUGCCGUCCCAUCGGUGAACGGCAAAUCGCUGCCAGUGGCAGUGACGACGUCGUCGAGUUGCCUAACACAAGGCAUCACCGCGGCACACAACUUUGAGGUGAUCAACUUCUCGCUGCUUGAAGGCAUGGGCGUCGGCAAGUUCAUCAGCUCGAGGAACUUCCGUGUUGGCGGUUAUGACUGGAACAUCAAGCUCUACGCAGACGGGAGCACGUCGGAGCAUAAAGAUAAACCCAGCGUGCUGCAGGACCUGGCGAGCAUGAUCAGGGACGGGGACGGCGCGGACGUGACGUUCGUCGUAGGCGGGCGGUCGUUCCCGGCACACCGGUGUGAGCUCGCCGUGAGGUCCGCGGUGUUCAGGGCGGAGCUCUUCGGCCCCAUGAAGGAGAAGGCCGCAACGCGCGUCAAGGUCGACGACAUGGAGCCUUUCAUCUUCGAGGCGCCGCUUCACUCCGUGUACACGGACACUCUGCCGGACGGUGACGGUGGCAUUGCCACGGACGACGACAAGGACAGGAAUGUGCCGAUGCAGCACCUGUUGGUGGCCGCGGAUCGGUAUGGGCUGGACAGGCUGAGGCUCAUGUGCGAGGUGGGGAUGUGCCGUAGCAUCGACGCGGACACGGUGGCGACUACUCUGGCUUUAGCCGAGCAGCACCGCUGCAUGCAGCUCAAGAAUGCUUGUCUUGGAUCCAUAGCUUCGCGGGGCAUGCUUGGUGCUGUCGUGCAGACCAGUGGGUUCUGUCAUCUCGUCGAGAGCUGCCCUUUGGUUCUAUUGGAGAUUUUGGACAAGCUAGCUUCUCUAGGAAUCUAG